UGUCGGCAGAUUGUCCUCGGCUUCGCCGCUGCCAAUAAGCUAGACGAUCCGGGUAUAAAAGGAGUACCAUAUCCUCUUGAAGGUGCCUUUGUUCGAUAAAGUUACCUCUCUUACCUCGUCAAUUCAACAAAAUGGCUACUGCUCAAACUCUUGCAGUCGUGGACAUCCCCGGUCUUCAUCACUCGCCCAACGCUGAGGACUUUGCAGACUCCCGGAACGUCUCUAAUGGUCUUCCCCAGCCUGAGGAGCAGCCAGAGAUAUCUGACACCACGCUCAAGAACUUGGGCGAGCUUUUUGUUCGCCACGACGCCCAUGAUGCCUUCGGCAUCCAUCUUCUGCAUGCUCAUUUCCAGGUCCCUGAAGGCAAUGUCCUGUAUGGGAUCCAAGUCCAGGUUUCGGGCAAUUCCGAAUCGUGUUGGACCAAACCUGUUCCGGCAAAGGAGCUGGCCACCAAGCCUAUUCAUGGCCAUGUCUUUCACUUACAGCCCAAUGGAGCCUUCGUCCCGUAUGAGUUCCAGGAAGGCGAAGCUCCAUCUAAGGUAGCCAAGGUCCCCAAGGCAUUUUUCCAAGAGCUUGCUGAGUUCCUGCACCUCAACAACCUUGCAGGCUUGGUUGCGCUGCAGCUCUUGGAUGGCCCAAGGGACCAGACCAAGACUGAGCUCCAGGUUGGGCCACAGGGCACUCUGAUGAUGGAUACUAAGGAUGUCCUCGGGUUUGAGCCCGCACAAAUCACCACGGGUUGGUUCUUCCAGGUGGGAGAGGAUGGGAUUAUUUCUUGCAAGGGCAACGACGUGUAUGCUGCCAAGAAGAACACCCACGGAGUCUUCCAGGAUUCAAAGCCUCUUCCGACCCUGGAAGCAUUGAAAGCGGCUCUGCUUCAGGAAGGAAUCAUCGCCUAACGGUUUCGGUGCUCACCCCAUUCAAUGGCUUGGACGGCCUGGAAUUGAUUGCGAUGGCGAUGGUAAAGAUAGCAGGAUGAGUCGUUCCUUAUAUAAGAGUACAAUCUGGAAGAUCACAGCCACUCAUUAAGCGAAUUACAGUAGUCUCCAUCGAACACUCAGGUAGUUAGGUGACCAAUAGCAG